AUGCGACUCCCUUUCAAGAUGUGCGAUGCAUCAGCUGAACGUCUCGAACAAUGUUCAGGCGAGGCCCAAGGCUCACAUCCCGAUGCGGAAUCUCAAAACAUUGAACGCGGGGACCUCGCUCAGGUAAUCAGCGUCCAGUCAGCGAUGGAGCGGCCACACAAUUUGAUGCGCGAAUUUAUCUUCAUUGGAGUUGUCUGUGCUGCUCAAUUCAUGACACAGGCGGGUCUUGCCAUUGCCAUUGUCCCUCUCCAUAUAAUUGGUGAUAGCUUCAAAGUCACGAACCCUGGGCAGUUGAGUUGGUACGCGGCCGCAUACAGCCUAACGGUUGGUACAUUUAUUCUCAUUGCGGGAAGGUUGGGGGACCUGUAUGGGCAUAAGUUGAUGUUCAUUGGCGGCUUCGCUUGGUUUGGUCUAUGGUCCCUUCUGGGAGGGUUUUCUGUCUGGUCAGACCAAAUAUUUUUCGAUAUCUGCCGUGCGUUUCAAGGAAUCGGGCCCGCCUUUCUGCUCCCUAACGCCCUCGCUAUUCUGGGACGCACCUAUCUACCUGGCCCUCGAAAAGAUAUGGUGUUUAGUAUCUUUGGUGCCACUGCACCAGGGGGAUUCACGGUCGGCGGUGUGUUCUCGUCCCUUCUGGCUGAGCGUGUUUGGUGGCCAUGGGCAUACUGGAUAAUGGGAAUCGCUUGCCUUGCUUUCGCGGUCCUUGGGUUUCUCGUUAUACCGAAUUCUCCUUCCCCGAAAAUAUCAGACAAAACGCCAUGGUGGAUCAAAUGUGAUCUACUAGGUGGCUCUCUUGGUAUUGUUGCCCUUAUUCUAAUCAACUUUUCUUGGAACCAGGGACCAGUCGUUGGUUGGCCGACUAUCUAUGUCUACGUUCUAUUGAUUAUCGGCUUCAUUUGUUUGGGCCUAUUCUUAUGGACUGAGCUCCAUAUAUCAUCCUAUCCCUUACUUCCCCGAGAAAUUUUCUCUGAGGAUGUUGCGUGGGUGUUAGGCUGUAUCGCUGCUGGUUGGUCCAGCUUUGGGAUUAUAGUCUUCUAUUUCUUCCAGUUUAUGGAAAUAAUCAAGAGAGACGCACCCCUCUUGGCGAUGGCGAAGUUUGCACCUGCGGCCAUCUCAGGUGCAAUUGCUGCAGUUACAACUGGCUUUAUUUUAGGCCAAUUGUCUCCCAGCGUGAUUAUGCUGAUAGCUAUGCUUGCGUUCACCGGUGGUCAAAUUCUCUUGGCCACUCUACCUGUCCACCAAACAUACUGGGCCCAAGCAUUUGUCAUAUCCAUCUUGACUCCGUGGGGCAUGGACAUGUCUUUCCCAUCUGGGACAAUUAUUCUAAGCAAUACCAUGCCACGGAGACAUCAGGGACUCGCUGCCUCACUCGUCAAUACCAUUGUAAACUAUUCAAUCUCUAUCGGACUCGGAUUUGCAGGGACUGUGGAGAGUCAAGUCAACCAGGCCGGGUCGGAAGUUUUGAAAGGCUACCGCGGUGCAAGCUACAUGGGUAUCGGCUUGGCUGGUCUGGGAGUCGGUGUUGCGUCCAUGUUUGUCAUUCGAAGCACGAUCAGCCAUCGUAAGGCGACCAAUCUGCCUGCCCGAGCGGAUGGUUGA